AGCCGUCCUCUGGAAUUCCAGUCUGGUGAAGGGAGACACUUGUGAGUGAGACAGCCAGUCCUGGAUAGAGAGAGAGAGAAAGAGAGAGAGCGAGAGAGAGAGAGAGAGAGAGAGAGAGAGAAAGCUGGAGAGAGAGCACAGAGACAAAUGCAAGUCAGAGCGAAGGCAUUGAGAAGUUCUCUGAGGUUCUGAUUAGGAGUGAUUUUCUUCUCCUGAGGUCGAGAAAAAGGAUCACAGCUGUGGAAAAGAACCAGAAAAGAGGAAUCUGAUCUGAGAUCUUUCUCCAAACCAUGAAACCUUUCACCUGGAUCAGCUCCCUGUCCUUCCUGCUGUAUGUUUACCCUGGAGAAGCUGAAUACAGGCAAAGCAGGCAGGUAUCAGUCGGGGGUCAGACAGGUGUGUGUCGAUAUGGCAGCAAACUGGAGUGUUGCUAUGGCUGGAAAAGGAACAGUAAAGGCCACUGUGAAGCUCAGUGUGAAUUAGGCUGCAAGCAUGGAGAGUGUGUCGGCCCCAAUAAGUGCAAGUGCUUUCCAGGGUACGGCGGAAAGACCUGCAGUCAAGAUUUGAAUGAAUGUGGUCUGAAGCCGCGGCCGUGCGAGCACCGCUGCAUGAACACGUUUGGCAGCUACAUGUGUUACUGUCUGAAUGGAUAUAUGCUGAUGUCUGACGGCUCCUGUUCAAACUCCAGGACGUGUGCUCUGGCUCACUGUCAGUACGGUUGUGAGGAGGUUCAGGGGGAGAUCCGCUGUCUCUGUCCCUCUGCUGGUCUGCAGCUCAGUCCGGAUGGGAAAACCUGUGUGGAUAUUGAUGAGUGUGUGACGGGAAAGAACCAGUGUCCGUAUAACCGGCAGUGUGUAAACACCUUCGGGAGCUACUACUGCAAGUGCCAGAAGGGGUUCGAUCUGAAGUACAUUAACGGGAAAUACGACUGUGUGGACAUUAACGAGUGCGUCACCAGCACGCAUAAAUGCAGCCACCAUGCAGAAUGUAUAAACACACAGGGAUCCUACAAGUGCAAGUGUAAGCAGGGCUUCCGCGGCAGUGGAUUCGACUGUUCAGCAAAGCCCUUUUAUCGCAGCUCCUGGGAAUCGGACAAAGGAAGUGCAGAUGAGAUUUUUAAUGCUAUUCCAGACUCACCCUCCAGGCCUCGCAUUCUCGGCGGCAGGUUUGAUAACACCAUCCCAGAACCCAAAGUGACCCAGGCUCCUCGGCUCCACCUGCAGCCCUUCGACUACGAUGGUGAAGUCUACAUCGGAUCUCCGGCAGAAAACGCUCCAGCGUUCCCAACUGAGAACGAGGAGGAGGAGGAGGAGGAGGAGGAAGAGGAGGAGGGUGAGGGCGAGAACGAUGGAAACCGAGUGGAGGGUGAGAAGCUGAACACCAGAGGAGAUGUGUUCUUCCCUGAUGAGCCUCUCUUUAGUCCGGCCCCAGAGUUUCUGGAGAUCCACGCGGCUCCUCUACGGGAACGAUCCCUGACUGAUUGUAAUUUUGAUUCGGGAGCCUGUGAGUGGGUGCAGGAUAAGAAUGAGGAUCUGGACUGGAGCGUCCACUACCACGAAAACGGACUGCAGUACUACAUGGCCCUCAGUGGGCUUGUGGGUAAUAGAAGGGAGAAGGCCAGGCUGAGGCUGCUGCUCUCUGAUGUCAGCCAGCAGGGGGCGUUCUGCCUGAAGUUCAGCUUCAGGAUGGAGGGUCCGCGGGUGGGGUCUCUGCGGGUGAUGCUGGAUCACAGUGACCGCUCUGUGUGGGAGAAAACACACAGCCGUAACGGAGGCUGGCAGAGCGACAGCAUCACCAUCAGCUGGACCAACAGAGCACCUGAAUCAAUUGUGUUUGAGGGAGUGCGUGGGAAGCUGGUUGCUGGAGAAAUUGGACUGGACAACGUGGUUCUGAUCUCAGGGAGCUGCCAGGAUGAUGAAGCUGUUGUGUUUUAGAGGAGAGAAGAUCAGCGAUGGUGUUAAAGACCCUCAGAUCAGCCAGAGACAGAAACACACAGGAUCUCAGUGUACUGAACAGGACAAUAUCACUGCUGUAGUCUGUGAUAAUGGUGCUUAUUUGUGUGUUUUUGGUGCAUUUUUACCUUUUUUUUAACUAAAAUGUAAAACAACUAAUGAUCUAAUAUCAUGAGUUUAAUUUAAAAUGUGUGCACUCCUGUUUAAAGUGUAAAGUAUGUAAACCUCUAAAGUCCCCUAGAGGAAUAUUUUGGCCAUUUUAGAAACUAUUUCUAUUUGCUUACUGGAAAAAAUGUGUGUUUUAAUCUUUGCACAGGCUCUCUGCUAAAUGCCUUUAAAUAAAUGGAUGUUGAGUAUUAAAAAUUGAGGAUUAAACAUAUUUACACUUACAGUAUCAACAAUAAACUAUACAAAAUGUAGUUUUUGGGUGCCAAAAUAGCCAAAAAGCUUUUUGCUGUUGCUUAAUGUUCAAACACACUGAAGUAGCAGAGGUCCUAAAAAAGUUGGCCACAGUUUGCUGUGAUAAAUUAUGAUUAAUCUGCAUCGUAAUUCUGACUAUUAAACUUUAUUAUUCUUCCUAAACAUUAAACAAGAUAAGGCUUAACUGUUUGUACCAUUUAAAGCUGUAAAAUUUUUAUUGCUGUAAAUUUUGCUUUAAAAUAAAACCCCUUUUUUAAAAA